CUGCAGGGCUGGUCUGUAGGAACCAACAGCAGAGACGCGUUUCUGGCCGGAGCGUUAGUCAGAGCUGCAUCGUGGGGGAAGCUGUGUGUUGUGGAGGUCAGGAGGACUGGAGGAGCUGCUGCUGAGUGAAGAUCAGGAGAUCAAAACUCAGUCACGAUGGCAAAGAAGAAGCGCUUGAGACUGAUUGCAGAGAUGGCCCGAAAGAUCCGGGCCUACCGGGAGUUAAAAAGCCGCCCCCGGGACUCAGAACGCUAUGCUCUGGACUAUGAAACCAUGACCCGCCCAUUAACUGGUAAAAAACUGCCAGUACUGGCCUGGAAAGAUGUGCGGCGAGAGACCACUCUCUUUUCGCUGCUGGCCGGCAUGCGCAUGUUUGGGGUGGGGCGACUCUUUACCCGCAAAUCGUGGCUGGAGGAGCACAAGGAGCCCUGCUACUGGAAGAUAACUAAAGUCAAAGUAGAUUACACAGCUGAGAAUAUGGACCACGGAAAAGCAUGGGGUAUUUUAACAUAUAAAGGUAAAGAUGAAGGCUCAGAGCAGGAGUUAGACAAGGUCAUGUACCAUGACUGGCGGCUUGUUCCCAAACACGAGGAGGAGGCUUUCAAGCUUUUUGAGCCUGUCCCCGAGCCCCCUGUUCGGCACGUGAGAUACCCCCCGCUCCUGCGAGCCAUGCUUCUCGCCCAGCAAGCUAAGCAGCUGGGCAUAGAUGCCAGCAGCCUGCCUGAGCCCAGCCUGCCUCUGAAGCGAGAUGUGCUGCUCAGCAAAGAGUACUUCCGCAGCCAGGAGGAGAAACGGAAACUGGAGGGAACUCCAGUCUAGUACCACACCAAGUUUGUAAAAUUAGAAACUAAAGGACAUUGGCUGUUUGAACAUCCCUUCUCCCCCCUUUUUUUUAAAGAAGGAUUUGAUGACCUGUGUAAAAUAUUCUGUACUGUAUGUGCUACUAUGAUGUGUUGCUUAUUGCAAUAUUUAUGAAUAAAAACAACAUACCCACUAAA